AUGGGUUCUAUUACGACGCAUAGGUGCACAGGAUUUGGAAUCCAGGAAAUUCUGGGCUUGAACAAGGAGCCGCCCGCGGUUCCGCGGCGUCCGUUGGAAUCUCUGCAGCACAGAGCGCACCUUCUGACGGCUAGGGCGGCUUUGGGCCCCGCAGCAGUCGGGGUUGGAAUGGGAAUUAUCGGUCCAGGAGGGAUUCAUUCGUUUUACAGCCAGCCUGCCUUUCUGGAGGUGUUGCAGGAGGCGCAGAGUGUUCACCUUCAGCCGCUCAACAGGGCCAGGGCAACGGGACAGUUGGAUGCCCACCACUCCGCAAGCUGUUCUGAUUCAGAUGACGUAUCCUCCAGUGAAAAGACAUUUUCUAAUUCCUCGAUGAGCCAGAACAAGAAAAGAAAGAAGAGACGUCACAGAACUAUAUUUACUUCGUAUCAGCUGGAUGAGUUGGAGAAAGCUUUCAACGAGGCCCACUACCCUGAUGUUUACGCCAGAGAGAUGCUCUCCAUGAAGACUGAACUUCCAGAGGACAGGAUACAGGUUUGGUUUCAGAACCGCCGCGCCAAGUGGAGGAAGAGGGAGAAGUGUUGGGGUCGCAGCAGUGUGAUGGCGGAGUACGGCCUGUACGGUGCCAUGGUCCGCCACUCCAUCCCUCUGCCCGAGUCCAUCCUCAGGUCGGCCAAGGACGGCGUCAUGGAUUCCUGUGCCCCAUGGCUACUGGGGAUGCACAAGAAGUCCAUGGAUACCCCUGUUCCGACCUCUUCUGGAAAACCAGAAGCUCCCCAUUCCCAACCGCCUGCCAGGGAACGAGAGCGGGAGAGAGUGGUGGAGAAAGCGGAGGAAGAGAGGAGGGAGAAUACCAGGUCACCCAUGUCCAAAGAGGAACUGCGAGAGAAUAGCAUCGCUGCACUCAGGGCUAAAGCUCUGGAACACAGCGCUAAGAUGCUAGCCCAGUCCAGCACGGACAUCACAGUCAACCAAGCUGUGAGGGGAGGCAAGGUGGUCGAUCUGAAGAGAACCGUGGACCAGGCGGUCCAGAAUUGUCCCUCAGUCCAGCAGGUCCUGGUUGCCAUGAGAACAGAGAACACCGUUGCCAUGACAGACAGAGAUGUUCCACUGGAGGAGGUGUCGCUGGUCUUCCUCUUCACGUUCACCACCUUCAUCGUGGUUCCGCGCUGGCUGGUCCACUUUCAGAGCACCAAGAACAAGACCAAGCCGGGCUUGGACCAGGCCCAGCAGCAGGAGACAGGCACCAAAGAGAUAGUGACGAUUGUGGGGCUGUGCUGUCCGCUGGGAAUCACAUGGAACUUUGCCUUCUAG